AUGAAGGGAUUCAAAUUGGUCAUCGUAUGGUCCAAAGAAUACGACUUCAUCUUGGACUUCGACGUCGAAAAGAUGACCAUCAAAGCCAAGAAGCUGAAAUCGAACAAAUCACUACUAUUCUUGAAUCAGAGCUUGGAACUGGUCGAAUUGAAGGCUUCGGAAAAUUCCAUCUUCAGGAACAUAUUCGAAGACAAGGAUAUCUAUUCAGUGCGAGAGAAACGUGCUAAGAUCUAUGUCAUUCUUGACAAGAAGCCUCGUACGAUAGAGAUCAAAUCAGAUCCUAUUUCUCCAGGACCUGCAUCGCCAAUUGCUUUGAAAUUGGAGACACCAAUUGCUCCUGAGCCACAAGCACCAGAUGCUCCAGAGUCAGAGGUAUCAAUCAUUGAUCUUGACGCCUCUGAGCCAGUGGUUAUUGAUAUUGAAACUCUUGCAAAACCUCGUGAACAUCCAUUUCGUCCUCGUACGCAUCGCAAAUACUUCAUGACUGAGGCAGAGAUGAGGGCACAUAUACCAAGAAUUGAUGAUGCAGUUGCUCGAGGUGAUUCUGAUGAUGGAGGAGAGCCUUUAUUCCAUCCUGAUGUCAUUAUUUAUGGUAAACCACCACCUGAAGGGGAGCCAUUUAAUCCAUCCUCUGCUUCUAUAGCAGAAGCAGAGGUCGUACGACAGGCAAAGGAAGUGCCAAUGGCGCUAAAAAAGCGGGCAGCUGGCCCUCAGUUUAUUUGGCCUUUGAAUUGGGAGCCUGCACCAAUUCCUGCGCCUGUGCCGAUUCCUGCGCCUACGCCGAUUCCUGUACCUGUGCUGAUUCCUGCUCCUACACCGGCCCCUGCAUCCAUUCCUGCGUCGAUUCCUGCGUCGAUUCCUGCGUCGAUUCCUGCCGCUGCGUCAAUUCCUACAUCGAUUCCUACGUCUGCAUCUAAGUCUGUACAAUUACAGAGGACUCGAUCAAAGAAAUCGACUCAGCAAAAGCAGCAAGUCUCUAAAUCUGCUUCUGCGCCUACUUCUACACCUACUUCUAUACCUGUGUCCGAGUCUGUACGACCGCAGCAGAUAAGGUCAACUCAGAAGCGAUUGGAACCUACAGAUGUCGAUCAUCUGGAACAGGUCCCUGAUAGCGUUGAAGAUCUUCCUGGCGAGAUUCUUGAUCAUUCCCAGCAGGACGACGAUUUCGAGCGCGACCUCCAGGACGUUUUUGACGGAAACAAGAGCGUCCUUGGUGCGAUGGGGUUAUCGAACUGA